CAGUCUAGUUGGCAUUUCUUGGUUGGUGACGUACAUAGACUAGCCUCGUACCCAGACUCUCUCGCGCUAGUCAUGUCUCGUGCCCGUAUGACACAGGCCUGGAAUUCUAAUGCGGGCACCGGACAAGACUAGCGCGAGAGAGUCUCGGGACGCGGCUAUACAUCGACUACUUGGAGUAAGUCUAGCUAGUGGAGUAUGCAGACAACAGACACCGUGCACGUGGAUAACGAGUACCAGUACGAACUCUCUGGAGAUGUUUUGGCCAGCGACAUCUUUCAUGCAGUUGUUUGGGUAUUACUUUCACUAGGAAUUAUUGGCAACAUAUUGGUUGUGGUGUGGAGACUUACACAGACAAGAGAUCAGAGAUCAUCUCCUCUCUCGAUUCUCAUCAUCAUGCUAGCAGUUUCAGACUUCUUCUAUUGUGUUCACUUGCUGCUUCUCGAGAGUCUAGUAACUGAAUCUCAUCUAGGACAACAGAAGCUUUGGGCACAAAUCUCUACGAGUUAUGUGUGCAGUACAAGCGCCCUUCUGUCUUUGUUCUCUUGCUCUACAGCUCAGUGGGCAACUUUCAAUAUUGCACUUUACUCGUUUCAAGCAAUGAGCGGAUGGUGUUCUCGUUGUUGCUGUUCACUAGUUCGCAAACGAAUUCUGAUUAUCACAAUCAUCUGUCAGAUUAUUUUCGUCAUUGCUGGUAUUUUGUCGAUGCUUGCGGUUCAUCAAUAUUUUGAUGAUCCUUUUUUGUUUGUGCCACAUGAAUAUGAAGACGUAAUUAACUACGAAAACAACACUUGGAUACAGAAUUACCGUUACUCAAGGCGUGAACAAAUUACCGAGAUUUUUGGACGUUGUGCCAUUGUACAGUCAAGUGGACUUGAUGCUUGCAUAAAUAUGACCGAAACAAUCUCACAUGGCAGUCACACUACUGUCAUUAGAAGUAUCAUUUGUAGUGAAAGGGCACAUACCGAAUAUUAUGACUAUUGGGGAGCAGCUGUGGCAUGUCUAAGUACUGUUCUUACAUUGUCAUCUGUUGUUCUCUAUUUAUUCUUGUGCGUCACGAUUCGCAGAAGAUCUUCUCGUGCAAACGUAACAAGUACAUCUGACAUACACAAACUUCAAUGGAGGUUGAGUGUAAUUGUUAUCCUAAACACUCUUUGUUGGAUUCCUACAACUGCAUUGCAUUUGAUGUCAGGAAUAAUUCAAGUGUCACCAGGUGGUCCUAGCGAUUCUUGGUCAAGUGAUUCUACUGCAGCAAAUGUUUUUCUCAUCUCAAUGAGUCCAGCAGUUAAUCCUCUCAUCUACACUUUUGCAGGAAAGAACUUUUUACAUUCAAUUCGCAAGUCUUGUAGACAAAUGAAAUGCGACAUAUCUGUGAGACGAAACGAUUCCAACUAUCAUGGCGAUCACAUUAGAGGAGUUGAACGUUGCAGCUGUAUUCCAUGGGUCAGAUGUGUUCACCAAGGUGAAGACAAUCAUCCAGACUACUACAAUACUGAAGAUACUUCCGACUGGAAUUCUGAUCAGAGUAGACUCCUACCGUCUACCGAUGAGUCAAGUGAAAUUACCUAACAGAUUGACAUUACCUACAGGCUACUAUUGCAUGGCUAGAGCAACAGGGUAACUAGUUUGGAUGCGUGCCAUUACAGUUUACUCGAUCAUAUUGUAUGCAAGGUUGUAUGCAACCUUUUCGUAAGUAGUAUACUGUACGAGCAAGCAGAGUGCUGGCUCUGGACUACACUUUGCCAUUAGUGUGCUGCUUGUGAUCUAAAAAUAGG